GGAAUAUUUCUGCCAUGCAACUCCUGACCACGACUUCUAUGUUGACUACCUUGCACGACCCUGCGUAAUUAUGCGAUUUAACCAGAACCACAAGUAGCUUACUUUAUCCAUUUUGAAAGAUGCACCCUGUGGUUCUCGUUUGACCCUCCUGCGCGACGACCGCCUGACCGUCGCGCGCACGUCAGGUGGUGCGGUCCAGCAAGCCAUGUAGAAACACACACGCAUCUUCUCCUCAGAAGAGGGAACAAAACGACCUAACGUCGCAUUCCGCCAGCAGCAUGAGUGCCUUUCGCCAGCGGCUGCGCUUCAGGCUGGCGCAACUGCUGAUUCCGUGGGCGGCCACUGCGGGUUCGCUGCUGCCUGAUAUUGGGAUUUGGUCAAUAUGUAGUUCUUUCAUCCACCACAGGGGAACAUCCUCAUCACUCUUUGCCACCGCGCUUCUCCACUCGCAGACCAGCAAGUUGGCCCCGAGAACCUCCACUUCGUCUGCGACCAAAGUUUCUCUUGCGCAAAAUGCGAAAGCUGGCACUGGUUCAUCUAGUGCAGCGACGUCAAAAUCCGAAGUCUCCGCGGCCCAGCACAAGGCCGCGGCCACCGCCGAGGGAAUUCAGCUGGUUCCGGACUACACGCAGACCAUGAACGCGGAAACGACGACACCAGCCCUGGUGUUGGACCGCCGACGCGACAUUCUGCCUCUCGACGUCGCGUUUGGCUUGUCCAUUGCGAAGAAAUUCGUGGAGGAACCCGUCAAAACGGUCUUGCCGACGCAAGAUUCCCUCGACCUGGCCUACGGCUGCGCCGCGGUGUUUCUGCCAAAAACGGUGGUGGUCGGGGCGCCAACCGGAUGUACGUCGGCCGGGAGAUCCCAGCAAAUUGAGACGCCGACGGGAGACGUAGAGAAACUGAUUGACAUACGUUUAUUCUUCGUCUUGUCGACGAGACCCUGUCUUGUUAUAUGCUGAAUGAUUUAUUAGAUUUUGGCGAAAAAAAUAGAAAAUGCUAUAACCACCACGUACACAGCCCCUCCAGACGUGGACCGAGCAGUGCUACCAGCUGAACGCGCCGAAUCUUGUCAUCACCGACAAACGGACCAACGCCCUGAUCACGCAAGCAUGGACCAGACCCACCGGGUACACGAACAUCGUGGAUUUGACAGACUGCAACGGCAACACGGUGUACACGAUCCACGAAAUGGUCUACAAGCUGAACGCCAACAGCGAAAAUGCAAACACGGUGUACAUGAAGUACGAAAUUAUCGCAAAGGGCGGAACCGUCGUCGCGGUGACGCCGUACGUGCCACUCUUCGCCGAGUCGUUCAAGUUGUUGGACCCUAGCACCGGGAAGACCAUUGCGACUCUGGGGAAAAACGGCGCGUGGUCACCUUCGACGGUAUGUGAUACUUCCAGGUUUUUGAUUCCGGUCUUACCUUUCAGGUCGUUAAUUUUUGAUUUCAAUGACUGGCACGUGAACGUGAAGGGAAGCAAUGCAAUGCUUAGUUACUGCUUAUCACCAAUGAAAUCUUGAGCUUGAUGAACGUCAUAUUGAAUAUCCCAACCAGGCCUGCCCUGCGUACGAGAAGAAAUGGUACAUCGCUUUUGAGACGGCCACUGCCGCGGGGAGCGGACGAAGCGUAGGUUUAACCACUGAGGAUAAACGCUGGGUGGUCGCGGCCUUCAUGACCGUCGUUGCAGUGCGCGACGAGGACCGGAACGCCGACGGCGGGGUCCAGUGGUCCGUCUGCACAAAACGGAGCAUUGUGGUGGUAUACAGGCGUAAAGUGAAGUCGCUAAUUACUUAUGUCAUUAUGGUGGAGAUCGUGAUGGGACAUGCACAAACACUCGUCUUGUUCGUAGUACAGCGUUUGUGAUAAUUUGAAGUUUGCACCAGUACGAUCUCAACUACUUCAUUUGCGAAAAAAUUUCAGACCGUCAUUCUGCUGUGUAUCCUGCUCGUCUGCCUAGGAAUGCUCGGGACCUGUUUCGUUGCGUUUCGGUGUCGGGAGUCGCUGAUCCGUUUCUUCUUCCGCAUGCAAGAACGCCUGCUUCCACGAGCGAUGCACAAAAUGCGGUGAUGGAAGGCGUGAGCAGAUCCGGAAGUAGACGCUGGUCCGGCUUGUCGUUGAAUCUCCUCCUGACAUGCACUACACAAUUUUUUCCCCCUGCGCUGGAACUACAUUUGUACAUAAAUAAUAUAGAAGUGAAAUAUCGGGCUUCUUGUUCUACACAACUUCUCU